AUGUCUUUUUCGAAUAAUGCGCCGUCCCAGCGGCGAAACCCUUUCUCGAGAACAGACUCUCCAGCUGCCGCGCAGGCUACUGGCGGCCGGCCCAAGUCCGCUCUCUUCUCUCCUCAGGCGCCUACCAGCCCCUCGCAUAGCCGAUCUCACUCGGGCAAUCCCCUGGGGGUAGUUUUAACUUCGCCGGCAAUAAAAAAUGGACGACGAGACUCGCGAAGUGGUACGCCCACUUCUGGCACCUUUGCUCCCGCCUUCAUUAAGACGGAGGAAAUGAUGCGGGGCUACGACACCGUCAAAGGCAUCGAAGGCGAAAACGACUUUUCCGGCAAGCGCUAUGUGUGGCUUAAGGAUCCCGAAGAAGCUUUUGUUAAAGGAUGGGUCGUAGAGGAGAAGCCCGGCGGCAAUCUCCUAGUUCAGGUCGACGAUGGCUCUCAACGAGAAGUUGAUCCCGAAGGCUUUGACAAAGUCAAUCCUGCAAAAUUUGACAAAGCCAACGACAUGGCUGAGCUCACACAUCUGAACGAAGCCUCGGUGGUGCACAACCUCCGCAUACGAUAUCAGUCCGACCUCAUUUAUACAUACUCUGGUCUCUUCCUGGUCACCGUUAACCCAUACUGCCCCUUGCCUAUAUAUACGAAUGAAUACAUCAACAUGUAUCGUGGAAGAAGUCGAGAGGACACCAAGCCACACAUCUUUGCUGUUGCAGACGAAGCAUUUCGCCAUUUAGUCGAAGAAGGCUCCAACCAAAGUAUUCUAGUUACCGGUGAAUCGGGCGCCGGUAAAACCGAAAACACGAAAAAGGUCAUUCAAUACCUUGCAGCUGUCGCUCAAUCCGACUCGUCAAACAGAAAUCGAGGGCAGCAUGCCAACCUUUCGCAACAAAUCCUCCGCGCCAACCCGAUUCUUGAGGCUUUUGGUAACGCACAGACUGUUCGAAACCACAACUCGUCGCGUUUUGGUAAAUUCAUCAGAAUCGAAUUCAACCGCAAUGGCGCAAUCACCGGUGCCCACAUCAACUGGUAUCUCCUCGAAAAAUCCAGAGUCGUUCGCAUCAACGGCCAAGAACGCAACUACCAUAUCUUCUACCAGCUUCUCAAGGGAGCAAACUCCCGAAUGAAGAAAGAGUUCAUGCUAGAUGGAUGCGAUACGGGCGACUUCUCAUACACUCGCGACGGCAACGACAGCAUUGUCGGCGUCUCAGACACGGAUGAGUGGGAAACACUUAUGGAGGCCUUUGGAGUCAUGGGCUUCUCCGAGCAAGAUCAAACAUCCAUUCUGCGGACCAUUGCAGCUGUUUUGCAUCUCGGCAAUGUCGAGGUCAUGAAGGAGAGUCGGAGUGCAGACCAGGCUUCGCUCUCUGCAGACGCAAAAGCAAAUAUGGCCAAGGUUUGCAAGCUUCUCGGUGUGCCUGCCGAGCCCUUUAUUCGUGGUCUCUUGCAUCCCAAGGUGAAGGCUGGACGUGAAUGGGUAGAGAAGGUGCAGACCCCCGAGCAAGUCCGUCUCGCUCUUGAUGCACUUGCGAAGGGUAUCUACGAGCGCGGCUUUGGUGACUUGGUUUCUCGAAUCAACCACCAGCUUCACAGCUCCGGUCUAGGGCCUGAUGAGUCGCACUUUAUCGGAGUUCUCGAUAUUGCUGGUUUCGAAAUUUUUGAUCAGAACAGCUUUGAGCAGCUGUGCAUCAACUAUACCAACGAAAAGCUGCAGCAGUUCUUCAACCACCACAUGUUUGUGCUCGAACAGGAAGAGUAUGCCAGGGAACAAAUUGAGUGGCAAUUUAUCGAUUUCGGUCGAGACUUGCAGCCAACAAUCGAUCUCAUUGAGCUUUCCAACCCCAUCGGUAUCUUUUCUUGCCUCGAUGAGGACAGCGUCAUGCCCAAGGCCACCGAUAAAACCUUCACUGAAAAGCUCAACUCUCUCUGGGAGAAGAAGACUCCCAAGUACCGCCCUUCUAGACUUGGUGCAGGCUUUAUCCUUACCCACUACGCGGCAGAGGUUGAAUACGACACCAGUGGCUGGCUUGAAAAAAACAAAGACCCUCUCAACGACAAUAUUACCCGUCUGCUGGCGAAAUCCGGCGACAAGCAUAUCGCUACACUGUUUGCUGACUGCGCUGACCCAGAUGAUGAGGUUGGUGGAGCUCGCAGCCGUGUCAAGAAGGGCUUGUUCCGAACCGUUGCUCAGCGUCACAAAGAGCAGCUUCAUAACUUGAUGAACAAGCUGCACUCUACGCAUCCUCAUUUUGUGCGCUGUAUUCUUCCCAACCACAAGAAGCGUCCCAAAACAUUCAGCAGCCUUCUUGUCCUGGAUCAAUUGCGAUGCAAUGGUGUGCUUGAGGGUAUUCGAAUUGCUCGAACUGGUUUCCCCAACCGACUUUCUUUCGAUGAGCUUCGCCAAAGGUACGAGGUUCUUUGCUCCAACAUGCCCAAGGGGCAUCUGGAUGGUCAGACUGCUGCUAGCAUCAUGCUUGAGAAGCUCGCUCUAGAUAAGGCUCUCUACCGUGUUGGUCUCACCAAAGUCUUCUUCCGCGCUGGUGUUUUGGCCGAGCUGGAAGAGCAGCGCGAUGCACUGAUUACCGAAAUAAUGUCGCGGUUCCAGUCCGUUGCGCGGGGCUUUGUCCAGCGGCGCGUGGCAUACAAGCGACUCUUCCGAACAGAGGCUACCAGGAUCAUUCAAAGAAAUUUCAACGUGUAUCUCGACCUUGUGGAGAACCCUUGGUGGCAUCUAAUCGUCAAAAUGAAGCCUAUGCUUGGAUCUACAAGAACUGCCUCUGAGGUCAAGAAGAGAGAUGUCAUGAUUCAGCAGCUGAAUGAGAAGAUGCGCCUUGAGCAAGAGAAUAAGCAAAAGCUUGAGGAGGAGCGCCGCAACUGCUUUACUGAGAUUGCUCGUGUGCAGCAAACUCUGGAGAGUGAGCGAGCGCUUGCAUUGGACAAGGAAGAAAUCUUCAAGCGACUUCAACAACGAGAAGCCGAGCUCGAAGAAAAGCUUUGUGGUGCUCUGGAGGAUCAAGAACGCCUGGAAGAUGAGCUUGAUGAGAUUAUGGAAGCCAAGGUGCGCGCCGAGGAGGACCUUGAAAGGCAUCGCACCCAGCUUGCCCAGGCUGCUAGCUUGAUCGCAAAGCUGGAGGACGAGAAGACGAUACUUUCAACAAGAUCUGCCGAACUCGAGCAAUCAUUGAGCGAUAUUUCACAAAAGCAAUCUGAGCGUUCAGAGCAGGAAGAGGCUCUUGAGCGCGAAAUCAAAAUGCUCCAAAGCCAGUUGUCCCUCAAGGACCGUAAGGCGCAGGACCUUGAGAGCAAGCUUCUCAAGGUCGACCAAGACGUGCAAGUCAAGCUCCACGAGACGCAAAAAGAGCUCGAUUCGACAAAGAUCCGGGAGGCGCGUGCGGUUCGAGAAAACCAAGACAUUCAAAAGCAGCUUGCGCAGCUUUCCAAGACUUCCACCGAGUACGAGGAUCUUGUGCGCGACAAGGAAAGCGAGCUGUCUCUGCUACGUAGUGACAAGAGACAAUUCGAGUCUGAGCGUCGCGGCUUUGAGGCGCAGAAGAAGGCGUUGACUGAAGACAUUGAAAAGACUACUACCAAGUCUCGCGAGAUUCAGGCUGAGCUCGUUGCCCUGAAAUCCAAGCACUCGCAGCUUGAGAGAGAGUCCGAGGAUGCCAAGAACCUGCUCGAGGCACGUCUAUCACAGGAUGCUCAAGCCGACAAGACCAGACAACAACUCGAAUCCCAAAUCAAAGACCUUAAAGAAGACCUGUACCAAACGCAGAUGGAUCUCAGCCGUGAGCGGCAGUCUCGCGACGAUGUCCUGCUCCUGGGCGAACAUAAAUUUCAAGCUCUCAAGGACGAGUUUGACAACCUCAACGAGUCAAAGAUCAUCAUUGAAAAGGAGCUCUACGUACAGCAAGAUUCUCUGCGGAGACACGUGGAAACUCGCAAGGUUGUUGAGCAGGAGCGCGAUGAAGCCCGCGUCGAAAUUCGCAAACUCCGUGCCGCUAAGGCAGAGAUUGAGGGAGCUCGCGUCCUCGCCGAAGAGAAGCGCGAACUUCAAGCGUCCAAGGCAGCCAAGGACAGGGAAGCUAGCCUACAGCGAGACCUCGAUGCCGCCCAGUCUCGUCUUGCCUGGUUCGAGGAUGAGUGUGCCAAGCUCACCCGCCACAUUGAAGGCCUCAACAAGACAAUGCUUGCUUCUGGCGACUUUGGACUCAAGAAUGAUCAAGCCAAGGAGCGCAUGGAGCGUGAGCUUACUACUGUCAAGAGCCGACUUACGGCAUCUGAGAAUGACAACCGAGCCCUCUUGAACAAACUGCAGCAGAAGGGUCUCGAAAUUGCGCGGUCCACCUCCAAGGCAAGCGAUGCGUCUCGUGGACAGGUUUUGUCUCUCCAGAAAGAAAAGACGAGAUUGGAAGAGCACAAUGCCGUCCUAGACAGGCAAUUAGGCGAGGCUCAAGUAACCAUUGCUUCCCUGGAAAAGAGAACAGAAAAGUUGCAGCUUGACUUGGAAGAUCUCAACCACGAGGUUGCGCGCGAAGUCAAGUCUAGCCGCAACGCCGAAAAGGCCUCAUCCAGCUUUACUGCACAGCUCGCCGAGGCUAACCGUACAGUGGAAUCCGAGCGGCAGCUACGCACACAAGCUCAGUCAACAGUACGAACGUUGCAGGCAUCCCUGUCAUCCCGUGAUCACGAGCUUCAGGACCUUCGUGAGCAGAUGCUCAAGAUUCUCAAGACGGUCGACCCUGAGGCCACGCUUCCGGUUGCGGAUGGGACGAACGAGCGUGGCAUCGCUGUAAACUUUGACCUCGUUCGCAAGGUUGAAGAGCUGCAGCAAAACCUUCGCGCUCAGAAUGCAGCGCGUUCAAACGCCGAAUCUCAGCUGGCCGACCUUCGCGGCUCGCGAGGUGACCCCAACCGCCCCAAGCUAGAGGAGAUUCAUCUCAACGAAGCUCCAUUCAACGGUUCCCCUACUCAGAAGAGGACCAAGGCACGACGCGUUUCGAGCAACACAACAACGCCAACUCGUCGCCACCAGCAGCCAGAGUAUGAGCUUCAGGAUUCCGCUCGCUCUGACAGGACCGCCGACACUGCUGUGCUCAACAACCGCAUGGACUUGAAGGCAGAAGUAGAAGAGCUCCACAACCAGCUCCAGCUCAGGGACAUGCAGAACCGCCACCUGCAAAGUCAGCUGGACCGCGCAACUCCCGGUCCCGAUGGCUAUGACGAGCAAAGCCCGUCCAUCCGUCGCAUGCAAAAGCUUGAAAAGGCCAACAGUCGCCUGCACGAUCUCUUGGACGACUCUUCUCGCAAGGUAUCUACACUCGAGAAGAAUAUUCGCACUGGCGAGCUGUCUUUGCGUGACAUUCAAGCUCGCUCCCAUGAGGAGUUGCUCGACGCUUUCAACAACCAAGAAGAGUCUCGCCGCUCGCUGCUCCACAGCCAUAAGGAUGCUGUAGCCGAGCUCACCGACGUCAAGUCUCACUUUGACAAGAUGCGCCAUGACCGCGCCAAGAUGGAGGUCGAGGUUCGUGAUACCAAGUCAGACUUGCAGGAGAUGACGCAGGCCCGAGAGCAAGAGGCACAGAGCCGCAGCCAGCUGCUGCAAGAGUACACCGACCUUCAAAUCCGCCUGGACGCAGAGACAGCCAGACUAGCAGACGUGACUUCCAGCCUCGAAACUUACAAGUCUCGUGCAGAUGAAUAUUUUGGCAAGUUGGAGCAAGCGGAAAUCACUGUCCUCAAGGCCACUCGCGCCGAGCAGUUCGCCAAGUCUCAGGCCAGAGAAGCUGAAGAUUCUUUAGCUGAGACCAUGGCCGAGCGCCAGAAGCUCGACAACCAGAUAGAGGACCUGCAGAGACAGAACCAGCGUCUGGACGAAAAGGUGGAGGACAUCUCGACUGAUUUGGAAGCGGCACUCCAAUCCAAGAAGCGACUUCAGCACGAGCUUGAAGAUUACCGCAGCCAGCGCGCCAUGGACAUUGAGGACAAGGAAUCCAGCAUGGAGCAGACUCGCAAGAAGUAUCAGGCUGAGUUUGCUACCUUGACCAAGGAGCUUGACCUCGCGCGUGAGGAAAAGCUGUACAAGCAGACUGAGAUUACUAGACUCCGAGAAGAGCUUGAUGACCUCCGGUCCAAGUGGGACGACGAGGUUCUGAACAGCUCUACUUGGUCUAAAGAAAAGGCUCGCAUGGAGGCCACUCUGUCCGAUGUUUCGGCUUCCCGGGAGGAAGCUGCCAAUGCGCACAGCGAAGCCCAAGGGAAGGUCGUUUCCCUGUUGUCGCAGGUGCGUACGCUGCGAACAAGCGUCGAUGAGAUUACUGCCGAGCGCGAUCGCCUGAUGCGAGAGAAGCGCAAUGUCGAAAGCCGUCUCGAGGAAGCCAAGGCUGGCCUCGAUGGCCUCGCCCGCGGCGACAGCGCAUCGCUGCGAGAUGCCGCCAACAUGGACAAGGAAGUCCUUGAACUCAAGUCAAACUUGGCCAAGCAAGAGGACAUUGCUACUGCUGCAGUGGAAAAGAUGCGACGCUCAGAAGCCUUGGUCGCUGAGAUGCAAAAGGAAGUUGUCGCCGAGCGUGAGAACAACUCCGCUGUGCUCUCCCAGAAGGCGACGGUAGAGCGCACGCUCAACGAGGCACAGCUGAAGCUGGUGGACCUGGAGACGAAGGGAUUCUCGAGCGCCAGCCAAGAUAUCAAGUUUUUGCACAAGAGAAUUCAAGAGCUUGAAUCACAACUCGAGAAACAUGAAACGGAAAAGUCGCAGUCGCAGCGAUCAACACGCAACGUGGACCGCGCUGUCAAGGACCUGCAGGGCCAGGUCGAUCGCAAGGACAGACAAAACGCGCAGCUUUCCGAAGACGUCAGCCGGAUGCGCGAAAAGGUCGACAAGCUUCUGAAGACGAUUGACGAGCUGCAGGCGUCUGAGUCGGCGGUCCAGUUGUCGACGCGGCGGGCAGAGCGCGACUUGCGGGAAGAGAAGGAGAGAACAUUGCGCCUGGAGCGCGAGGUGGACAGCCUGAAGACGUUUAAGAGUGGCGGGAGCCUCAGGAGGGGCAGCAGCAUUCGUAGCAGGAUCAACGCACUGGGUGUGAUUGAGGAUGAAGAAGAGGAUUCGAGCCUGAGCCGCGCGCCAAGCUUGACCAAGGGCUUCAUUUAG